AAUUUAAAAUUAAUUUAAUUAAGUAACAGUUGUGUUUCCAUUUUGUGGAGCUGAAUGGAUAAAAUGAACCUUAUAUGCAUCUUCAUUUGCAGUAAUAUUGUUGUCAGCUGCUUGUGAAAAAAUUAGGGUGAUUUUAAAAAUAAUGUCAUGAAUUAGGCUAUUUUUUAGUUACCAGGUAACUCCAUACAAAGUGCAAUAACAGAGAGAACAUCAAUCUAAUCAAUGUUUGUUGUGACCCCACUUUAAAGACUUUAAAACAGCAGCAGGUCUCCUCAGGACACUUGCGCAGUUUUUUAAGGUAGCCUACUUGACGAGUACGUUGUUGUAUCUUAGUAAACUUGCCACAUCUUCUGUGGAUUUAAGCUUUCUCAGUGUCUUCUGUCCCUUCAUCUACUCCCAGACUGAUUCCGAAAUGUUGAGGUCAGGGAGGUCAGGGCUUUCUGGCGAAUUUCAUUUUAUUUAUUUUGUGAGUUUUGUCACGUCUUGGUGUUCUCAAGUGUCAGUUUUCAUGUUCAUGGUUGUGAUUUAAGGAAUGUUUGCAAAAACCCCUUUCCAAAUUGCCACAGUAUGCAGUACAGUAUGCCUUUAGAACAGCAGUAGCAUUUUGCACUGAUUUAAGUUUAUGUUUAGACCUCUAAGUGUUAGCUUGAGGUCUCAGGACAGCAACCAAUGUGUGGAUGUUGGUUGAUUUCCUGGUUUCAUGUUAUGUAUGAAAUUGUUUGAUAGUACCUUUUUCAGCAAGAACUACCUAGUUCCUUGUGGUACUGCAGCUAUCAUUGCUUUCAUAUUUGGCUGUCUAUUUUAUGUGUAAUGUGGUGUACUUUUUCGAGUCAUCAAGCUCAUCUCUGUAACACUGGGCUUCCCUUCAUGGUAAGGAAGUGAAAUUGAUGACCUUGUUACACCAUCAUGAGCUUCAACACAGUGAUCACAAAAUACUUGCAUCUAAGUCAGCUGUCUCGCAAUAAACUUCUCAUCACUGUAUCUAUCAGACAUGACCAGCUUUAAAGUAUGAGAGGGAACUGCAUCACACCACGGAGAGAUUUAUUAUAGCCAGUUUUCAUUUCCUGUUCAAGCUGCACAAGAGCAACAUACACGUUUUAUGUUGUCAUGUAAACAAAAAGUAAAACAUUUUAGUGGUAGCAAAAACCUGCUGCUCAGAAUUAGUUUCUCUUUGACUCCUGAGAAAUAUAUAUACAUUAAUUCUGAGAUACAUUUACCACUCCUUCACUUCACUCCUUAAAUUCAAAUCCUGUGUGAUGGAAAAGUGUUAAUUCUGUGCAUCACUUGUAAUGCAGAUAGGAUUUAAGUAGGGAGGCAAAUAACAAUUGACAAAAACUGAUUAAUCUCCCGAUUAUUUUCUCGAAUCAUUUGUUCGUGAAAACAUCAGAAAACUGUGAAAAAGCUUAUCACAAUAUGCUGAAGUAUAAGGUGAUGUCACACACCAAAAAAUCCCAAAUCCCCAAAAUAUUCAAUUUACUCUUAUAUGAGACCAAGAAAAGCUGUGAACUAUGACUUUUGAGAACCUAGAACCAUCAAAUGCUCGGUGUUUAUGCUUGAAAAAUAACUUGAAUGAUUAAUGGAUUAUAAAAAGAGGUGAGGUUUUUUUUCUUCUUGAUAAAAAUCCUUGAUUAGGGGUUUGAGGUUAAGUUCACAACCUUGUGAGACUAGGUGGUGUUUGUGAGCUGUCAUUUCCUGGAAGAAUAUUCUGCUUUGUUGAAGGCAACCGCAGUGUGACUUUUGUAUAGUUUCGUAGAUAGCUUUUCUUUACCUAUAAACAAGCUCAAUGAUUUAAAGUGCAGUAAGAAAUGGUUUUAUUACUGAGACAAUUUCCAAAUAAUCUGAAGUCUCAAAUGUAAGGUCGUUUAGCUAUGUGACACGACCACAAGCUGUAUAACCACCAGCAUGGAGGCAAGACACCACAUGGGUGAGAAAAAUAAAUGCAUUGUUAAAGUUUAGAUAAACAUCAUGAUGAUAGAAGCGUGGGAUAUUUUUUAGAACUGCUCCCACUUCAUAAGUAUUCACAACAUCUCACAAACACUCAUCAGUCCACACUAAAGACCCCAUAACAACAAAGCAGAACAAAACGUUAGAAAUGAAAUAUAUCAUUGGCUAUGACAUUUCAAAUUAAACUCAGGUUCCCCCUGUUUCUCUUGAUCAUCUUUGAGAUGUUGCUACACCUUGAUUGGAGUCCACCUGUGGUAAAUUCAAUUGAUUUGACAUGAUUUGGCAAGGGGCGGCAGAUUGGGUCGAAGGAUCAUCUUUCAACAGGACAGUGACCCUAAGUACACAGCCAGCGCAUUGCAGGAGCUUUUGUUGAGCAUGUGUUGGUUGUAGAAUUGUUGUUAAGCUUUGUUUAUUAGUAUUGAGGUUGUUAGACUGGUAGAGAAAAACUAAAACUGACCACACACACAUGCAGAAAACUCUUUAUCCAGAUCCGCCAUGAACAAGAGUCCUGUGUGGCUGUUUUUUUGGUUUUAGCACAGAGAAGUCAGGUUUUAUUUUAAUUUUUGUUUAAAAAGCUAGUUGAGACUCUUCUUUAUUUUUUUCAACCUACAUUUUGACCUGGUACAACUAUAUAAGUUAAAUACAACAACAUACAGAUAUAUAAGCGUGCAGAAAGUACACAUGCAAAGCUUGCCGGAAAUUUUCAUAAGGUGUCAUCACAGCUUUGAAAAAAAAGCUGAGUGGCCACGGACUUCCUCAAAGGUUUCACAAAUAGGAGAUGAAUGAUAAAUGUCAGACUCAGGCACGCAUUCAGACAAGCGGUACCAGUAACCAUCAAACAUUAGCCAGAUAGGAAGCACAAUGAGUGUGGGUGAAGUUAUCUACACGUUGGUGGAGUUGCUCAUUGCUGUCAGCUGCUGUUUGGGUAAUUUGUUGGUUAUUCUGGCUCUGUGGACCAGUAAAAUCAUUCAACUGCCCACUUUCUGCCUGAUUGUCUCUCUGGCUGUUGCCGACUUUUUGGUUGGCUGUGUAGCCAUACCAUUGGCUGUGCUGGUGGACGGACGAGUGAAGACUUCAUUUCAUGGCUGUCUCUUCAUCAGCUGUGUAGUCAUCUUGUUGACCUUAGUCUCAGUUUUGUGUCUUGCGGCUAUUGCAGUGGACCGUUUCCUCCGGGUGUAUGUCCCUCUCAGGUACAAAGCAACUGUGACACAGAGACAUUCAUGGCUUGUGGUAGCAGCAUGUUGGUUUGUUGCAUUACCACUAAGCUUUGCGCCCAUGCUAGGGUGGUACAACCACGAAACCUUCUCUUCGGUCAACUCUACCAUCGUCUGCGAGUUUAUGACAGUGAUUCCCUUGACGUACCUGGUAUACUUCAACUUUUUUCUCUGCACUUUGAUACCUCUGUUGGUGAUGACUGUACUGUACGGCUGUAUAUUCUUUACCAUUCGGGGAAACCUCAGAGGGAAACCAGGCAACAGUGCCCAGAAACAAUCUGUGAACUACCUAAAGAAAGAGAAACAGCUGGCAGGAUCUCUGUCCCUGGUAUUGGCCCUGUUUGCACUGUCCUGGCUUCCUCUCCAUAUAAUGAACUGCAUUACUUACUUUAGUGGACAGAAAGGUCUUCCAGCGACAGCUUUCCAUGUGGGCAUCCUGCUUUCUCAUGCUAACUCAGCUGUAAACCCAGUGGUGUAUGCAUUCAAAGUACAAAAGAUCAGGACUGCAUACUUGAAGCUCUGGAGAGAGUAUGUUACAUGUGGAGAAGAAACUCAAGGACCACAGUCAAGCCAGACGACAGACAACAAUCUCAGCAGUAACAUUAACAGUGUGGCCAACGAGGACUAAAGGCAGAUUUCCUUCUUUUGUGUGCGUAUUCUUAAGGACCAAGUUUGAUUGACUCUUCAGUAUAAAACACUGUAAAACAUGUUGACAUCGUGUGAAAGGUAAACAAAGCUACUUAUAGUAAUUUAUACUGAAAUCCGAAAACUACAUGCUAAUUGAUGACGAGGAUAUUAGUGUUUAAUGAUACAGUAAACAAAUGUAGGCAUGCACUGAGAAGGUCUAUUAUCUGUUAUUUUCAGGAACCCUGUGUGUGUUUGUGUGUCCACUAUGUGAGUGUAUGUGGCUGAGUAUGCAUGUGUCUGUGUCCGUUGCGAAAACUGUCUUUCAGAGGAAAAGGGCAACUUUCACUUGUUUUAAAAGCUUGUAAAAGCGAGUUUCAUAUCACUGUUGCUUUUCUGUUUCUGUUCAAGUUCCAGUUCUUCAUAUUCAUUUGAAUAGAAAUUGCACUGUCUUGGAAAGUACCAUCACUAUCUUAAAAAAAAACAAAACUAAUAAAUUUGGACAUCUGAAACAUGAUAUCAUAAUAUUAGGGAUAUUUGGAGACACUUAAAUGUGUGUUAACAGAUGUUAAAUCAGCUACAUAGUAUUUUUUCAUCUGUACUUUGUUCUGCUGUUUGAUUGGAUUCAAUUACAUACAAAUUUGUUUUAGAAUAUUUGUUUCCCUAUUACAACUAUUAAGUAAACUAUUACAGACGUAUUUCAAAACAGUGCAGUGUGACAGAACAACACAACAAAGUACAGCCUCAGAAAUGACCAAAGGGUUAGGAGAAGUAAUCUCUCACACAGUCUCAACAAAAAGUGAACCAGUUUUGCAACAUUGAUGCAUAUCUGACAAACUGAAGACAUCUAACCUAAUACUUGGUAGUGUUAUUAAAUUGACAGCUCUUGGUAAUGAGCGUUUUUAAAUCA